AUAAUUAUAAGUUUUUGCUCCGCUUCGCGCUCAGUUGUACUUUCGAAGGAGGCCGAGCGCGUGUGUUCGGCGAGUUGGGUUAAAGCAGCAGCAGCAUCGUAGAAGGCGACGACGACGACGACGUGUUGAAACGCGCGUUGCAUGUGUUGUUCGGGUGCACUUCGGCUUUCGCGAGAGAGAACGGAGAGCGCGUCGUGGAUCGUUUUUUUUUCGGGGGCUUGCGUCGCACCCAACGCCUACUUCGUCCCUCUACUGCCCAAGGGGGGUGCGUUUAGCGGUAGCAUCUCGUCGAAGCUAGGCAGCGGCAGCAGCAGUUACAACAACUCUUGGAUAUUACUGGUGGAUGCUGAAUCCGCCGCCACCGCCGUCGCCGACGUAAUUUCUCGCGCGCGCCGUGUUCCCGUUGGAUCUCCUGAAGAAGGGGCCUUGAACAGCAAGAAUUGGUAUCGCCCGCGCGCGAGCCGCAGAUUAUCCGCGGGCCCCUCGGGUCGUUGUGUGUAGAAUUACAUG